CAACCACUUGCCAUCCACUCAACCUCUUUCUGACUGAGAGAAAUGGCUAAGGCUCUCUUUCUCCUAGCAUCUCUGCUAGUUUUGGGAAAUGUUGCCUUUAUCCAUGCCUCGUUUUCCUCCAGCCUCAUUGUAGACAUGGCAAAAAUUGUCAUGGAGAAUUACUGCUCACCAGAGAAGCUGCAGGGAAUGAAGGAGGCAAUUGAAGCAGCCAGCAGCAACACGGAGAUCCUCAACAUCCCUGACGCUGAAACUUUGGCUAAUGUCCUCAGCAGCGGAGUCCAGUCCACAAUCAGUGACCCACGCCUGAAGGUAACCUAUGAGCCAAACUAUGUCCCAGUGGUUGUCCCGCAGAUGCCUCCCUUGCCCCCUGAGCAGCUCAUUGCCGUCCUCCAGACCUCACUCAAGCUCGACAUCCUUGAGGGCAACAUUGGCUACUUGAGGAUUGAUCACAUCCUCGGGGAGGAAGUUGCUGAAAAGGUUGGUCCUUUACUCCUAGAACUGGUCUGGAAUAAAAUCCUGGACACUUCAGCUCUGAUCUUUGACUUGCGCUAUACCAGCAGCGGGGACAUCUCAGGAGUCCCCUACAUUGUGUCUUACUUCACCGAUGCCGAGCCUGUCAUUCACAUUGACAGUGUGUAUGACCGUCCCUCAGACACCACCACUAAGCUGUUGUCUAUGUCCACACUUCUGGGGGACAGAUACGGUGUAACCAAACCCCUCAUCAUCCUCACCAGUAAAAACACUAAGGGCAUUGCUGAAGAUGUUGCCUACUGCCUCCAAAAACUGAAGAGGGCCUCCAUUGUUGGUGAGAAGACUGCCGGUGGCUCAGUGAAAGUUGAUACAUUCAAAGUGGGAGACACUGACUUCUACGUUACUGUGCCAACUGCAAAGUCCAUCAACCCCAUCACCGGCUCCACCUGGGAGGUUACAGGUGUGACCCCUGAUGUUGAAGUCAAUGCAGAGGAUGCCCUUGCCACCGCCAUCAAGAUCGUCAACCUCCGUGCCCAAGUUCCAGCCAUCAUUGAGGAGUCUGCAACCCUGAUUGCUGACAACUACGCUUUCGAGGAUGUUGGAACUGAUGUUGCAGCAAAGCUGAAAGGUCUCUUGGCAGACGGCAAGUACAGCAUGGUUGUCUCCAAGGUCAGUCUGGAGACUAAGCUGUCUGCUGACCUGAAGACACUAUCUGGUGACAAGAGCCUGAAGACCACCAGCAACACCCCAGCCCUGCCACCAAUGGACUAUUCUCCAGAGAUGUACAUUGACCUGAUCAAAGUCUCCUUCCACACUGACAUAUUUGAGAACAACAUUGGCUACCUACGUUUUGACAUGUUCGGAGACUUCGAGGAGGUCAAGGCCAUUGCCCAGAUUAUUGUUGAGCAUGUCUGGAACAAAGUUGUCAACACUGAUGCUAUGAUCAUCGACCUCAGGAACAAUCUUGGCGGCCCAACAACAGCCAUCUCAGGCUUCUGCUCUUACUUCUUUGAUGCCGACAAGCAAAUCGUGCUGGACAAGCUGUAUGACAGAUCAUCUGGUACCACCACUGAGCUCCUGACCCUGUCUGAACUCACUGGCACAAGAUAUGGCUCCAAGAAGAGCCUGAUCAUCCUGACCAGUGGAGCAACUUCAAACGCAGCAGAGGAGUUUGUUUACAUCAUGAAGAAGCUCGGCCGCGCUAUGAUCGUUGGAGAGACCACCGCUGGAGGCUCCCAUCCACCCAAAACAUUCGAAGUUGGUGAGACCAACAUCUUCCUCAGCAUCCCCACUGUCCACUCCGACACUGCUGCUGGACCAGCCUGGGAGGGAGCUGGCAUCGCACCUCACAUACCUGUUCCAGCUGAUGCCGCUCUCGAUACUGCCAAGGGCAUCUUCAACAAGCAUAUUGCAGGCCAGAAGUAA